GGCGACUUGUCGCCGUAGCGCAGGACCCCGCAGUGUGUCCGGCAGCUCAACGCCUGAACAGAAUCACAGCAUAAACGUCCGGUCCAGAGGAACACCGCGGUGCGUCAUCUAGUCUGCACCUUCUGCGGGUAUUCAUCUCAUCUCUCGACCAACGUUAUCCUCUACAAAGCAGCAGCAGCGGGCUGCAUCCAGGGACGCAGAAUGGACCCACAGAAGAUCUCGGACUUGAAGGCCUUCGUGCAGUUAUGCCAGUCCAACUCGUCGGUGCUGCACCUGCCGGAGAUGGAGUUCUUCAGGACGUGGCUGAAGGGAAUGGGCGCCUUUAUCCCUCUACCCAGAAAGAGCGAGGGUUCGUGCAAGGGCGGCUGUCCAUGCGGUCCCAAGUCCUCCGCCGCCCAAGAGGAGGCCAUCUCCGAGGACGAGAGUGACAUAGAGAUCGACAACGAGGGCGUGAUCGAGCCCGACACGGACGAGCCUCAGGAGAUGGGGGACUUCGAGAACCUGGAGGUGACGGAGGAGAUGAUGGAGCAGGCCAACGACAAGAAGAUGGAGGCCAUCAACGCCCUGGGAGAGGGGGACCUGCCGAAGGCUCUGGAGCUCUUCACCGACGCCAUCAAGCUCAACCCCUGCGUGGCCAUCCUGUAUGCCAAGAGGGCCAGUGUCUUCAUCCAGAUGAAGAAGCCCAACGCCGCCAAGAGAGACUGCGACCGCGCCAUCACCAUCAACCCCGACUCUGCACAGCCCUACAAGUGGAGGGGGAAGGCCAACAAGCUCCUGGGGAACUGGGAGGAGGCGGCUAAGGACCUGGCCACGGCCUGCAAGCUGGACUACGACGAGGACGCCUCGGCCCUGCUGAAGGAGGUGCAGCCCAAGGCCACCAAGAUCAUCGAGCACCGACGCAAGUACGAGCGCAAGAGGGAGGAGAAGGAGAUCAAGGACAAGAAGGAGCGCAUCAAGAAGGCCAAAGAGGAGCACGAGCGCGCCCAGAAGGGGGAGGAUGCCCGGCAGGCGUCUGGAGGAGGAGGAGCCGGAGGAUUCCCAGGGUUCCCAGGGGCCGGCGGCUUCCCAGGAGGGGCCGGAGGUUUCCCAGGAGGGGCCGGAGGUUUCCCAGGAGGGGCCGGAGGUUUCCCAGGAGGGGCCGGAGGUUUCCCAGGAGGGGCCGGAGGUUUCCCAGGAGGGGCCGGUGGGGCCGGUGGGUCUCCCUUCGGUAUGCCCGGGAUCGGGGAUCUGUUGAACGACCCCGAGGUGCUGAACGCCAUGAAGGACCAAGACGUCAUGGACGCCUUCCAGGACGUGGCCCAGAACCCGGCCAACAUCUCAAAGUACCAGGGCAACCCCAAGAUCAUGGCCCUCAUCACCAAGCUGAGCGCCAAGUUCGGGGCUCCUCCUCAGACCUAGAGAGUAGUGGGAGGGAGGAGGCUGGCCGACGUGUUUAUUCCACUGUGUACCGAUCAGUUAGGGACAUGGGGGGCUGCAUCGACGCAGGGCGGUGGGACUGCAGAAGGCAUGCUCUAAAAAUGUUUCUACUAUAAAAGGUGUGCUGCGAAAAGCAGACCAAGAAAAGACCUAAUGGAAAAUGUAACCUUACCGACUCUAGUCUUAUUAACAGCUGUGGGGUUCUCAGGGUGGGGGGAGGGGGGGCAGAGGUCUGAUGUCCAUCCACUAUCCACACCCACCUCCCUGUUGUCUUUAGCCUGCAUUACAAUGAUUUCGAACGUUUUUUCCACGACCGAUGCGUGACCCAGACCCGAGCCAACGCCAAUGCAGGCACUUUUAAAAGUUAUUUUCCUGUCAACUGAAAUGUUUCUUUCCCUAUUCCAAGUUCAAUAUUUUCUAAUGGUUUGCCUCCUUUACUGUAUUACUUGUUCCCUGUUACUUUCAAUGCAAAAAAGUUUUUUGGUAUCUGAAGUCAAAUCACAAUAAAUUUUGAUUGUCACAUGA